CGGUUUUGGGGGGUUUGCCUGCCCCGGCCGCCCCGCGACAUGCCUGAGCACACCACUACCUCAAGGCUCUGGCUCUCUGGGCUGUGCUUCCUCCUCCAAAUCCUCACCAUCCUCCUCUUCGCCGUCUUUGUCCGGUACAGCCCAGAGAGCAGCCCCGGCCUCUGCUCCCAGCAGCUGAACUGCAGCUGGAGAAACCAGGACUCGGGUUUUCAGCACCCCCGUUUCCGGGAUGUCCACCUCCAAGCUCUCCUUGGCUUCGGGCUCCUGGUGGCCUUCCUCGGCCGCUACGGGCCAGGCAGCGUGGCCACCAGCAUCCUCGUGGUGGCCUUCGCCAUCCAGUGGGCCAUACUGAUCCAGGGGUUUUUAUACUUCUUCCUGAAUGGCAAAAUUUACGUGGGAGCUCAGAGUGUGGUCAGUGCCGACUUCUGCACCGCAGCCAUUCUGAUCUCCACCGGAGCUGUUCUGAGCAGGGUAAACCCCAUCCAGAUGCUGCUGCUGACCCUGCUGGGAGUCACCUUCUUCACUCUCAAUGAAUACAUCCUGCUCAGUCUCAUGGGGGUAAGCGACAGCGGGGGCUCCUUGACCGUCCACACCUUUGGUGCUUAUUUCGGCUUAAUGGUUUCACGGAUCUUGCACCAGCCCCAUAUGGACAAGAGGAAAGAGCAGCAGGACAUGGGGCACCAGCCAGAUGUCUUUGCUGUGGUUGGAACCAUCUACCUGUGGAUCUUCUGGCCCAGCUUCACCUCAGCCACCACGGUCCGUGACAGCGCCGAGCCCUGGGCAGUGCUCAACACCUACUUCUCGCUGGCGGCAAGCACCCUGGCCACCUUUGUCCUCUUGCCUGUCCUCCAUGAGGAGGGCACGCUGCGGAUGGUUCAGAUCCAGGAUGCCACCUUGGCUGGCGCGGCAGUGAUGGGUAUGGCUGGGGAGAUGCUGGUCACCCCCUUCGGGGCCCUCAUCGCGGGGUUUCUGGCUGGCCUGAUCCCCCUGCUUGGCUUCAGAUUCCUCACGCCCAUCCUGCGCUCCAGGCUGAAAAUCCAGGACACGUGUGGGGUUCACAACGUCCACGGGCUGCCGGGGAUCCUGGGCGCCUUGCUGGGGACCCUGCUGACGGCACUGGCCACGGCAGACGCUUACGGUGGCAGGCUGGAGCUCGUGUUGCCGCUGGUGGCCCAGGGCAGCCGGACAGCCACCGACCAGGCGCUCUGCCAGCUCGCCGCCCUGCCCGUCACCCUACUGCUCGCCGCCCUCGGGGGCUUCCUCACGGGAGCCGUCCUGAAAGCGAAGGGGCUGAGAUCUCCCCCGGACACGCUGUACCUGGAAAACACGGUCCUCUGGGAGGUGGCCGAGGAAGGAUGCGACCAUGGGGUGAGCAGAAAGGAGCUGGGCACCAGCACCUUGGUCUAAUGACCCCGACCUCCCGGUGAGGUCCUGCACCACCAGGCUCUAUCAACCCUUUGCCGGCAUCGCCAGUGCCGGGCAGCUUCUGGCAGCCUGAAUUUCCCGGCAGCCUGCUCCGGAGACAGCCAGGCUUGUCCCCAUGUGGGAGCCAGCUCCUGGUCCCAGAGGUUUUGGGAGCUGUCGGGUGCCCACAAGCCCUCGCAGGGUGAAGAGAUGCUGCACUGAUAUGGGUGCUUGCUGUGGGAGCGAGCCAGCCUGCUCCAGGGACACCUCAGGGUGUCCAGGCUUGGCUCAGCCACUUCCCCUCUCUGCUCUGUGCCUCAGUUUACCCAUCUACCACUCUCCAAAGAGAGGAAGGCAAUGAGGGGGGCUGCAUCGGGGAAGGGGUGUACCAGGGUCCACAGCAAGCAGCAAAGACUUUCUACGGACACUUUUGCACACAACAAUUAAAACACGUAGAUCUUUUGU